AUGCAGCAUCGAUCGUCAGCCACCAAGACCGUCCGCGGACCAAGCCACCGCGCGGCCGCUUCUACUACUAAAACAGCUAACCCCCACCUGCACUCUCAACUUUCAACAACAACUUGGACCAAACCUUUACAUCAGCAGAACCUCACAACAACACCAGUGCACAGCUCCCCAACUUCCCCAACUUCCCCAAUUCGCACAAUGGAGUCUCCAAUCCUCAUCAUCGCAACAGAAAACGCCUACUUCAACACCACGCCCUUCGAGCAAGAAGGCUACACCACCACGCAUAUCCCCCGCGCCACCCAGCGCGACCUCGAAGACGCAACCGAUAACAUCGAGCCUCACCUGAAGUAUGCCAUCAUUGCCUUUGGCAAAGCUGCAACACACGCACUCUCACUGGCCACCUCCAGCAUUCACUCCAUCGCCUGUCCCUCAUCCACCUCCCGGUGGACACGCCCUUCUCCCCGCCAGCAAACCCCCGCACGUCCUCAUCAAAUCCUACCAAUCCCCUCCGGAUUCGCCGAGCCCUCAUCCCCCACCUACGACGCCAUCGCCUCUAGCAUCGCCUACACCCGCACGCUUGAGCUCUCCGCCGCACCAUCGGCCCCAUUGUCGAUCAUGACGACGUUUGGGAGCGUCAUCUAA